GGUCACUUCGCCUGUUGCUCAUCGAACCUUGGGACUCAACUUCGUGUUAUUCCUCUUCCUUUUCAACUCACCUUUACAGUUGUAAAAAAAAAAAAAAAGAAAAAAUAGAAAUAAAGAACAGGAAUAGAGAGAGAGCGAAAUAUGACAGACCCUCUCAAACCUUUGGAUGCCGCACCCCGCAUAAUCCCAUCACCCGUAUCGCAAAAGACGUAUCCAGUCGCAGGGAUACUUACUACAGUAUUUGGUCUUAAUGAGUUACCUGCCCAAGCUUCAGAGGUUGCGUGCCUCUGGCUGCUGCACCCCCGACUAGCGACUCAGGAACGGAUGGCGGGAAUUGCUACAGCAGCUAUCACGGACUGGAAUAACCGAAUAAAGACCAGCCCUGCCAAUAAUAGCCAGUCUGUUAAAGGCCUCAUCGCUGUCGCAUUUGAUCAGCGAAACCACGGCACAAGGCUAGUUGAUCCCAUCGGAAAUGAGGCAUGGAAACAGGGCAACCCUCAUCAUGCGCAGGACAUGUUUUCCAUCUUUCAGGGCACUGCGCGGGAUGUUUCCCUUUUGAUUGAUUAUCUCCCAUCUUUCGUGUUCCCUCACUCUGAGCACAAGAUCACCAAAAACCUCGUACUUGGUGUUUCCCUAGGUGGGCAUGCAGCGUGGAGCUGUAUUCUACACGAGCCACGUAUUACUGCCGGCGUGAUUAUCAUUGGUUGUCCCGACUAUGUGAAUCUCAUGGCCGAUCGUGCGAGACUGUCGAAACUCCCAGCAUGGACAAGCAGUGACCCGCCGGGCUCCCAGUUCUUGGGUUCUGAAGCGUUUCCUGCGUCUCUCCUAGACACCGUCCGUAAUUAUGACCCGGCCAGUCUGUUCUUGAGCUAUAUGGACAAGAAGAAGAGUGUUGAGCCUCUACGGAACCGUACCUUGCCGGAGCCGGAUGAGAAAGAGAAGCAGGCUCUACAGCCGCUGUUGGCCCGCUGCCUAGCAGGCAAAAGGAUACUUAAUCUUUCUGGCGGUGUGGAUAAACUGGUUCCAUACCAUCGAGGAGAGGCCUUCUUAACUUGGCUGAAAGAAGCAGUUUCCCCCAACGGCUGGUUUUCCAAGGGUGCGGUGACUCUAGAAGAUGUUAUUGACGAGAGCGCGGCGCAUGAGGUGACGCCCAAGAUGGUUGACGAAGCAGUGCGGUUCAUUAGUGAUACUCUCGCUGCCAAUGACGAGGAUUUAAAGAAGUCUGGAUUUAUUCGUGAAUCCAGAAUAUAAUUGGAUUAUAGAGCGGUUUAAG